AUGGCCUGGAGUAAGGUACCUCUGCUCUUGCAUGGAUUUCUCCUGCUGGUUCUGUGUAAACCCUCCCUUCAAGGAGGAAUCUACAUACCAGCUGGUGCAGGGGGUGGUCUUGGAACUGGAGCUGGACUUGGUGCUGGAACAGGUCCAGGAGGAGGAUUUGGUGCUGGAAUCGGAAGUGCUGGGGUUGGUCAUGGAGGAGUUGGAACAGGAUUAGGUCCAGGUGGUCUUGGAAUAGGGCCAGGAACUGGAAUCAGACCUGGAACUGGCUUCGGAGGUGGUGGUCCUGGGGGGCAAGGUGCUGGACUGGGUGCUGGAGGCCUUGGGGGAUUUGGGCCUGGUGGUGCAGGGCUUGGUACAGGAGGACUUGGUACUGGUGGAUUAGGCACCGGAGGCCUCGGAACAGGGUCAUUCUUCAAGCCACCUAAAACAGGAGGAUAUGGAGGUUUACCAGGAAUUGGGCCAGGUGGUACAGGUAUUGGUCCUGGAUCACUUGCACCUGGAGGAGUUGGUUCUUUUGGCAUUGGUCCAGGAGGCAUUGGACCAGGAGGAAUAGGACCUGGUGGCAUAGGAUCUGGUAGCAUUGGACCUGGUGGCAUAGGACCUGGUGGCACUGGUACUAUAGGAACUGGACCAGGAAUUGUCAGACCUGGUGCUGGUGUUGGAACUGGAGGCCUUGGAGCAGGUGCUGGUAGCAAACCCCCUAAACCAGGUUAUGGGGGUAUUCCAGGCACUCUUGGAACUGCAGGUCUUGGUGGCCUUGGACUCAGGCCAGGGGGUGCUGGCCUUGGAGGUGUAGUACCGGGUGGCUUUGGUGUUGGUCCUGGAGCUAGUGGCAUUGGCACAGGAAUACCUGGACAAGGUGUAGGCACUGGUGUGGGAGGGUUUGGCCCUGGUGGAGCUGGUCCAAUAGGUGCUGGAAGAGGUGUGGGUGGAAAACCACCCAAAACAGGUUAUGGAGGUCUUGGUGGUCUUGGUGGUUAUGGCCCAGGAGGUGUCAGCACGGGAGGUAUAGGACCUGGUGGCAUCGUCCCUGGCGGCGUUGGACCAGGUGGCAUUGUCCCAGGUGGCGUUGGACCAGGUGGCAUUGUCCCUGGUGGUGUUGGACCAGGUGGCAUUGUCCCAGGUAGAACUGGACAAGGUGGCAUUGUCCCUGGUGGUGUUGGGCCAGGUGUCUUGAGUCCUGGAGCAGGCAGAAAACCUGGGAAACCAGGUUAUAGUGGGCUUGGGGGUUUUGGAAGCGGACCGUUUGGAACAGGAAGUCUUGGAGCAGGUGCUAUUCCACUUACACCUGGAGGAGCUGGAACAGGCUAUCCAUUAGGUGGUAGCUAUAGUGGAUAUGGUACUUAUCCUGGAGCUGGAACAACUGGUCAGAAACCACCAAAACCAGGAAUUGGUCCAGGCGGCACAGGAUUUAGACCUGGGGGUGCAGGAGUUCUGCCUGGGGGUGUAGGAAUUGGACCGGGUGGCACAGGAAUUGGACCAGGUGGUGCAGGAAUUGGUCCAGGUGGCACAGGAAUUGGACCAGGUGGUGCAGGACUUGGACCAGGUGGUGCAGGAAUUGGUCCAGGUGGCACAGGAAUUGGACCAGGUGGAGCUGGAGUUGGGCCUGGAGGUGUAGGAAUUGGACCUGGUGGCACUGGAACUGGAAUUGGAGGAGCAGGAGUUGCACAUGGUGGAGGAACUGGAACUGGGACAGGUGCGGGGGGGAAAGUCGGAAAGAUUGGGAAGGCACCAGUGCCAGGUAUUGGGAUUCCUGGGCUAUACCAAGGGGGUAUAGUUCCUGGACAAGGUUUUGGCGGUAGAGGCAUUCUGCCAGGUGUAGCCACUGGAUCUCAAACUGGGCAGCUUGGUCAAGGUGCGCUUGGAGCUAAUGGAGGUCGUGGAGGAUUUGGUCAACAAAUACCAGGCGUGUUCCGUGGAUAUCCUCUUAUAUCACCAAAGUCUGGAGGUACAAGCACUGCAAAGUCUCAGGCUAAAGCUGCCAAGUACGGGGCUGGUGGUGUUCCGGGUCUCGGUGGUGGGCUUGGUAUAGGAGGUAUACCUGGUGCAGGUGGUAUACCAGGUGCAGGUGGUGUUCCAGGCAUAGGUGGUGUACCUGGUGCAGGUGGUUUGCCAGGAUUAGGUGGUAUUCCAGGUGCUGGAGUCAUUCCUGGAGCUAGCGGUGGAACUCCUGGUGUCCUAUAUCCAGGAGCUGGUGGUUCCUAUCCUUGGGGAACUGGGGCAAAAGCUCGAAAGUAUGCUUCCGGGAUAGGAUCUGGUGGACUUCCUGGUUCUGGUUUGGGAGUGGGUGGUCUUGGAGCUGGAGGACUUCCUGGUUCUGGUUUGGGAGUGGGUGGCCUUGGAGCUGGAGGACUUCCUGGUUCUGGUUUGGGAGUGGGUGGUCUUGGAGCUGGAGGACUUCCUGGUUCUGGUUUGGGAGUGGGUGGCCUUGGAGCUGGAGGACUUCCUGGUUCUGGUUUGGGAGUUGGUGGUCUUGGCACUGGUGGUAUCCCUGGACCUGGAGUUGGUCCUGAAGGAUAUGCUGCAGCCAAAGCAAGAAAAUAUGCUCAGCUUGGACGUCCUGGUGGGACUUUAGGUACAGGAGUUGGAGGGCUACCUGGAGGUGGACUUGGUGGUUUACCAGGUGGAGGAGCUGGUGGACUGCCUGGUGGUGGAGUUGGUGGACUGCCUGGUGGAGGAGCUGGUGGACUGCCUGGUGGUGGAGUUGGUGGACUGCCUGGUGGUGGAGUUGGUGGACUGCCUGGUGGUGGAGUUGGUGGACUGCCUGGUGGUGGAUUUGGUGGACUGCCUGGUGGUGGAUUUGGUGGACUGCCUGGUGGUGGAUUUGGUGGACUGCCUGGUGGUGGAUUUGGUGGUCUUCCUAGCGGUGGUGCUGGAGGACUCCCCGGCUCUGGAACUGGAUAUGCGGAGGCAAAAGCUCGUAAAUAUGGUCUACUUGGUGGAGGUGCUGGUUUAGGUACAGGCACUGGAUUAGCUGCAGGUGUUCCAGGUGGAUUACCAGGCACUGGUGUCAGACCAUUUGGGGCAGGGAUUAUACCAGGAACUGGGGCUGGACAAGGAGGUGUCCCUGGUGUGGGUUUUGGUCCAGGAGGUGUACCCGGUGGUGGGCUUGGACCUGGUAGUGUUGCUGGAAGUGCAUUUGGACCUGGAGGAUAUGCUGGGGCCAAAGCUCGCAAAUAUGGGCUUACUGGUGGAGCUGGUGGAACGGGAUUGCCUGGAGGUUUAGGAGGGUCUCUUGGUAGUGGAACAGUGUCAGGUGUUGGAGCUGCUGGAGGAACACCAGGUGGAGGACUUGGACCUGGGGGGGCACCAAUUGGCGGUUAUGGACCAGGAGGAGCACCAGUCGGUGGUUACGGACCUGGAGGGGCACCCUUAGGUGGUUAUGGGCCAAGAGGAGUACCUGCUGGAGGAUAUGGGCCUGGCUCUGGAGCAUAUCCAGGUGGACCAAAGGCCCUAAAAUAUGGUCCUGGUGCUAGUGGAGGAGCUCCAGGACUUGGUCUGCAGGGUCAGGUAGGAACCGGUCCAGCAGGAGGAUUUGGCAUGGGGGCAGGGCCAGUUGGUGGUUAUGGUCCAGGGACUGUAGGAGGUCCCGGGUCUGGAUUUGCUGGAGCAGGACUUCCUGGUAGUGCUGUCGGAGCAGGAAGCAGAGGAGGGCUUGGGCCUGGGUAUGGAACAGGUGCUGGAGGAUAUGGACCUGGAUCAAAAGCAGCUAAAUAUGGUUUACCUGGAACUGGAGGUGUCUUGGGAGCAGGAGGUGUACCAGGAACUGGAACAGGAUUGGCAGGAGGUCCUGGCGUUCUGCCUGGAUGGCUUGGAUAUGGAGGGUAUGGAGGAGCACAAAAACCACCUAAAUAUGGACAACCAGCUGGUGGGGCUGGAAGUGUGGGUGGGUCGGUACCAGCAACUGGUGGAACUGGGGCCACAGGAACUGGAAUUGGAACUGGUGGUGUAGGUGGGGCUGGAGGCACACCAGUUUCAGGAACCAAGCCAGACAAAUAUGGCAUCAUAGGAGGAACAGCAAUUCCAGGAAGUACAGCUGCUACCGGCACAGAUCGUGGAGCAGGACCUAAACCUGGAGUUGAUGGAGUGAUUGGCAUUCCUGAUGGUGCAACCCGUGGUGCUGGAGAAGGUCAAGGUGGAACAAAAGCUCCCAAGACUGAAUCUGGCGGACCAAUAGAGGGAUCAGGUGUUACUGGUGGGUCCAUUGAUGCUGAUGGACUUGAUGGGGUUGCUGGGACAGGAAUACCCAUUUUAGCUGGAGAAAAACCAGGCAUCUCUGGAACUGUACCAGGUGGAACCGGAGUGCCACGACCCGAGAGAGUUGGCGAUAGUGGAACACUACCAGGAGCCAAACCACUAAAGCCCCCAGGCAUUGGAGGUGGAGCCAUUGCUGGACGUGGAGAUACCCCAGGCACUAUUGAAGGAGGACUGGGAAGUGUAGGCGGUGGUCCAGGUGGGGUUGGUGGAGGACUGGGAGGAGUUGGUGGAGUUCCAGGAGGAGUAGGUGGAGUUCCAGGGGGAGUUGGUGGAGUUCCUGGUGGAGUUGGUGGAGUUCCAGGUGGUGUUCCAGGAGGAGUUGGUGGUGUUCCAGGUGGAGUUCCAGGAGGAGUUGGUGGUGUUCCAGGUGGAGUUGGUGGAGUUCCUGGUGGAGUUGGUGGAGUUCCAGGAGGAAUUGGAGGAGUUCCUGGUGGAGUUGGUGGAGUUCCAGGAGGAAUUGGAGGAGGAGUUAAACCCCCUAAAGUUUACAGCGGUACAGGUGUAAUUGGAGCUCUUGGAGUUGGAGGUGUAGGUGGAACGGGUCCAGCUGGAACAGGAGGAACUGGACUUCUACCUGGAGGUGGUGGUUUACUACCAGGAGGUUAUGGAGGAGCUGGAGGUUUAGGAGCCGGUGGGAUCCAACCAGGGACCGGCCUCAGGUUCCCCAGUGGGGCUGCAGUGGGCAGCAAACAAGGAAAAGUUUAUGGGGCAGCAGGCACACUUGGUGGGCUUGGAGGCCCAGGCGGAUAUGGAACAGGACCCGGUGGCUAUGGAGGUGGUCCAGGUGGUUAUGGUGGUGGCCCGGGUGGUUAUGGUGGUGGCCCGGGUGGUUAUGGUGGUGGCCCAGGUGGUUAUGGUGGUGGCCCGGGCAGUGCUGGAGGACUUGGAGGGCCUGGAGUUGGUGGGCUUGGUUAUGGUCCUGGCGCAGUAAAACCACCUAAAAGCUAUGGAGGAGCUGGAACAUUGGGUGGAGCUGGAAGAGGAGGAAUUGGUGGAGGUCCUGGAGGUCUUGGAGGUGGUCUAGGAGUAGGACCAGGAGGGGCUGGAGGUCUUGGAGGUGGUCUAGGAGUAGGACCAGGAGGGGCUGGAGGUCUUGGAGGUGGUCUAGGAGUAGGACCAAGAGGUGUUGGUGGAGGUCCUGGAGGAGUUGGAGGACUGGGUGGAGGUUUAGGUGCCAGAUAUCCAGGUGGUGGCCUGGGAGCUGUGAAACCUGGGAAAUCAGGGUAUGGAGGUUUAGGUGCAGCUGGAGGCGUGGGAGGUCUAGGAGGAGGUGCUGGAAGCCGAGUUGGAACCGGCUUUGGCACAGGUGCACUGGGUGGUCAAGGCUAUCAGCCAGGUUAUGGUGGCACUGGUGCAGGGGGACCUGGAAGUGCUCCACUUACACCUCAGCAAUCAAAAGCAGCCAAAUAUGCAGCUCUUCAAGGCUUUCUAGGUGCUGGAGGCUACAGAGGGGGUGCAGGAUGCCAAGGCAAAUACUGCGGAAGAAGGAGGAAGUGAGAAACCAGCUGAUAAAAGUGACCUCAUAAACAAGUGGUGCUACUGCCUGAUCUCAAAUGCACUUUUUUUUACAGUUUAAAAGUGCCUCAUGUAAUAUGUGAGAGAUUUGGACUUACACUAAAGAAUUUUUCAGCCAUAUGAUUAGAUGCGAUGUGAACCUCACAAGGCACUCUUUGCACUGCCUAAACUCCCUUUACUUUACUUAUGUCACUAUACAUACAACAUGAUUGCUUGAUUUUAAAACAAUAAAUAAAUAAAAAAAUAUUUUCAGCCAUUUUACCAUUUAAUGUUCCAUUUUAAAAUUCUGCAGUUCCAGAUGUACAUCUCUUAUGGUCUUAUGGUUUUGCUGCAGUUGCUCACUUACACUUAGUUUGUAUUUAGACACAUGCAAUCUAGGGACGUGUCGCUGCUAUUUCAGGAUCAACUGUGACGGUAGGGGAAGCAGCGUCAUUAGGCUUCAUGUUUUGGCCACCUAUCAUAAAGUAAAGGGAGCCUGUUUUCUUUCUAGCUGUAUGCAUAUGAGUUCAUGAACCCAUAUUUUGUCAUUUCCAGCAUCUUCAGUCAUUCAGAGCGUAGUCACAUGAAGGAACGAGAUCUAGGCUUACCAAUUUUAGUCUUAUAAGAACAAAGUGCUUGUCAUAACUGCAGUAGACAGCAUCUAAGUACUGAGGAUUAUAAGCUGUCUUCAACGAUACCUCAGGAACUUGAAGCAGUUUCUUUUCUAGUAUCCUGACCCUAGUAAAACCUUGUUUUUGUUUGUUUGUUUUAACGUAACUCUUAUUAAAUUAAAAUGUUGAGUUUUUAAGGCUAUCUAUGCUUUUAACCUAACUCGUUUUGGGUUUUUUAAGCAUUGUGUGUUGUGAAUGUUGUAUCUGUGUUUGUAUAAGUGCAACUAUUCAAAUGUGACAUGAAAGUAUGAUAAAGGCAAUUCAUCUAGUGAAUCUUCUCGCAUUGUUUACCUUUGUUCUUCACGUUUAUGCACUUGUUACUUUGUGAAACUCCAACACAUUUUUGUAUGACCUUUGAUUUUAUUUGGGCCUUUUAUCUAUCGUACAUUUUUGAA